UUAUAAGCUCCCGCAAUACACUCGCACAGCCCAUCACCAACUCUCUCUCUCCCUCUCUCUCUCUCUGUGCGCCGCCGAACGCCGCCGUGGACCGCCGUUCUCUCCGACCCGAGUUAGCACGUACUCCGACUGACCACCUACGUUCCGGUCACAAGAUGAGCUCCUCCGGGAAUCUGUCCUCCUCGCGGUCGUCGCUCGUGCUCGUGCUGCUGCUGUGGUCGUGCGCUUCUUCCACGCCGUUCGCCGCCGCGCAGGCCAACCCUCCGCCCGACAGCGAGAACCCGUACAACUACACGCGCUUCAGCCCCUCCAUGGCGGUGAUCAUCGUCGUCCUCAUUGCCGCCCUCUUCUUCAUGGCCUUCUUCUCCAUCUACAUCCGCCACUGCUCCGACGCCAACUCCGCCAGCAUCCGCCCCGGAGGCGGGGUGGUCGGGACUGGCCGGUCGCGGCGCGGCGGCGCCUCCCGCGGCCUCGACCCGGCCGUCAUCGCGACGUUCCCGACGCUCGUCUACGCCGACGUGAAGGGCCUCAAGAUCGGGAAGGGCGCGCUGGAGUGCGCGGUGUGCCUGAACGAGUUCCAGGACGACGAGACGCUCCGGCUGAUCCCCAAGUGCGACCACGUGUUCCACCCGGAGUGCGUCGACGCGUGGCUGGCCUCUCACACGACCUGCCCGGUGUGCCGCGCGAAUUUGGUGCCGCAGCCCGGCGAGGGUCCGUUCGAGCUACCUGAGUUGACUCGCCGGUCGGAGCUCGCCGGAGAAGACGAAGAGAAUCAGAAUCGGGACGGGGAUCUGGAGCGAGCGAUCGCAACGUUGGAGCGCGAAGACGCCGACGAAGUCGAAGUCGAAGUCGCGGUUGACCGUCAAGCGGCCGAGCCGCCACCCGAAGCGGCGGAUCCGAGCAAGACGCUGAACCGGAACCGUACGCGCGGCGGGUCGCGAUCCAGCAGGAUGGCGUGGAGGCUCCUAUUCCCGCGGUCUCACUCGACCGGGCACUCGCUGGUCCAACCGGGGGAAGACACGGAGCGGUUCAAGCUGAGGUUGCCGGCCGAGGUGAGGAAGCAGAUCAUGAACCGGCAGCUGAACCGGGCGAUGAGCAUGGUGGUGUUGCCACGGGAAAGCAGCUCGCGGCGGGGCUAUCGGGCCGGAGCUGGAGAAGGGAGCAGUAGGUUCGGCAGGCACUUCAGCUUCCGGCGGUUGGACCGGUCCGAGCCUGGAGCUAAGUCGGACCGGUGGUUCUGGGAGGGUCCGCCGCUGUUCUCGAGAGCAUCGUCAUUGAGGUCGCCAAGGGUGGCAGCAGCCAGUGACGACGGAGGAAGCGUGGGUUCUCGGCGGAGCAGGAUGGAGGCCGCUGAAUCGAGCGGUGCGCCACUUCGCCCGCCGGUUUAAUUGCCUCUGAGCUCCAUUCUUUUUCCCACUACCGGAGCUGCACCGGUGACGGCUUUGCCAACUUGUAAAAUGCCGAUUCUUUAGUAUUUUUCCUUCUUUUUUUUCGUUUUUAUAUUUUCAUUUUCUUUAUUUUCCUUUUUUAUGUUCUUUACAUAGUGCCCCAGAAGUAUGGCUAACUGCCAAGUUAAUGAAAAGAAGACUAGGUUUCUCCCGUAAACAUGUGACAUUGAUACAGCUGAGCUGAAGCUAAGCUUGAACUAGUCUAGUUUUCGAGUUUCAACCUUUUAUAAUUGUUUGUGACGAGAUUAUGUUUGGGGUCACAUCAAGGUACUUUGGAAAUCACUAAUUCAGUUAUUGUUUUGCAUAAUUAAUUGAACAAUUAUGGUGGAC